AUGUUAGGUCCAUACAGCACGACUAUAUCCGUAGACACGAUCCAGCAUUACAAGAGUCUCAUAUCGAACUCUGGUCAUCGGAUUUUAGGUCUCGUAAUCUUACCACCACGAACUACGACAUCUCCGCCCGUGAUGCCUACUCCUACGAUGCUUAUACGCAAUUGCAAAAUAUAUACCCCUAUGACGUAUCAGAGGAGGGCUCGUCUUCAUCCUUCUGGACAUUAUACCUUGCGUCGACUUCUCAAGUGUCAAGAUGCCUCCUCCACUCGCCUGCAGAUCUUAUUAUAUUGCUGCAUAGUCUAUCGUCGUUUCCCUAUUCCUACCAUAUCCCAACUUCCAUCCAAAUAUCAUUUUCCAUAUAUUUUCCACUUAAUACCACUUAUUUAUGAUCAUGGGCCGUUCUAG